UACCUUGAUCUGUGAUUACCGAAUGUUUGUGGUAAAUGCUUCUCUGCCCUCCGCAUUUUCAUAGUCAAGGACCAAGGUUGCUGAUAGGGUUAGAGAGCGGUGAGGUCCGCCUCUAUCAUUCUAUGCAAAGGCGUAGAUCAAACCCAUUGUUUACCCCGAGGAUGCUCUCAUUGUCACCAUCAUCAUCCUAUUCAAGUCCUAAGCCUGGAUUACGUUUACUUCCCACCUCCCCAAUUCCCAAACCUUCCCUCUUCCCCCAGGAUCGUCAUCGUCAUCACCCUCCUAUCUUCUCCAACUCCUGCGACCUUCCUAGAACUCAAAGCAUGAACAUUUAUAGAUGCUUCUUCUCUGGGCCCACCGAACCAGUUUCCGUUUCCAAUAACCCUGAACUACGGUCGGAUGACCCCGAUUCUGAAUCUCUCGUGGUCGUCUCUUUCUACAAGUUCGCCGAAUUUACCGACUAUGCCCAUAUGCGAACCCCCUUGAAGAAGCUGUGUCAGGAACUGCGUGUUUCAGGUGGCAUUAUACUUGCCCCUGAAGGAAUUAAUGGCAGCAUUUGUGGGACCCGGGAAUCAGUGGAAAGAGUUCUUGGAUUCAUUCAAAAUGAUGACCGUCUAAAGGUACUAAGACAAGUGGAGUCACCUGUGAGUCCUGAGGAAGAAGCUAUCCACCAUGGACACACUAGCAAUUCUCCUCUUGCUGCAGGGGAAGAUGCACCCUUCCGAUGGGAUCAUGUGAGGGUUAAGUUGAAGAAAGAGAUUGUUACUCUUGGAAUGCCUGGUGUAUCACCUACUGAAAGGGUUGGAACAUACGUGAGUCCGAGGGAUUGGAAUGCAUUGAUCAGUGACCCAGAUACCGUGGUGAUUGAUGUGCGAAAUAACUAUGAAACUAGAAUUGGGAAAUUCAAAGGAGCAGUUGAUCCAUGCACAAUGGCAUUCCGAGAAUUUCCAUCUUGGGUGGAGGAUGAGUUCCGAGUUUCUCAUGCAAAUGAUAAGCAUUCAAAGGUGAAAGUGAAUGGUUCAAAUGGAAGCACCACAGAACGAGUGAAUGUUCUAGAUAAAAAAAUGCCUCAGCGGGUGGCAAUGUACUGCACAGGGGGAAUAAGAUGUGAGAAAGCUUCGAGUUAUCUCCUCAGUAAAGGAUUCAAAGAGGUUUAUCAUUUGGAAGGUGGGAUUCUGAAAUAUCUCGAGGAAGUACCAAAAUCAGAAAGCCUCUGGGAGGGUGAAUGCUUCGUGUUUGACAAGCGGGUGUCGGUUGAGCAUGGUUUGGUGCAGGGAACUUUCAAGCUUUGCUUUGGUUGCAAGCAACCAGUGAGUGAUGCGGACAUGGAAGCCCCCGAGUGGGAAUAUGGAGUUUGUUGUCCACACUGUUACAAUUUGAAAUCUGAUGAAGAGAAAGAGAGAGCCAGAGCUCGUCAAAGGCAAUUUAAGACUUGGGGCGUCAUUGGUGGUCCAGACAAGGGCCGUCGGCCAGCGUCAAAUUCAGAUAUUAAUUAGGAAUUCUAUCAGGCUUUCUAGUUCAACUUAGCUACUAGCUAGUGCAGAAAACAAGGACCAAGAGGUGGAUAAUUGCACUAGAAAAAUAGUUUUAGAACAAUGAAUUCAUGUUAAAAAAAUUGUUUUUGUUCUUUAGAAUCGUUAGGAUAAGAAAAAAGAAUUGUUGGAUCCUAUGCCCCCGCAACUUCCUUUUAUCUCCCUUUACUGUGCUUUUUGCAAAGGAAUGGAAUCAGAAUGAGGCUCGGAAGGGGGAAAAGAAAAGGAAGAGAGAGAGAAAAA